ACCGACACGUCAACUUCUGUCAAAUAAACAUCAGUCGUGUUCAAUAAUUUUUGUUUGUAAAAUCUUCAUUUAUUUAUAGUUUUUAAUCCUAAAUAUGAAAAUGGACGGAAUGGUGUUAGAGCCCACUCUUUACACCGUAAAAGGAAUGUGUAUUCUAGACAAUGACGGAAAUCGUAUACUUGCAAAAUACUACGACAAAAAUCUCUUCCCCACAAUCAAAGAGCAAAAAGUAUUCGAAAAAAAUCUCUUUACCAAAACCCACAGAGCAAACGCUGAAAUCAUAAUGCUCGAUACACUAACCUGCGUUUACAGAAGCAACGUGGAUUUAUUUUUCUAUGUAAUGGGCAGCUCGAAUGAGAACGGUUUGAUUUUGAUGUCUGUAUUGAACUGUUUAUUCGAGUCUGUGAGUCAGAUUCUGAGGAAAAAUGUUGAAAAGCGAGCUGUUUUGGAAAGUUUAGACAUUGUAUUGUUAGCUUUUGAUGAGAUUUGUGAUGGGGGUAUUAUAUUGGACACUGAUCCCAGUUCGGUUGUACAACGGGUGGCUUUGAGGACAGAAGAUAUUCCAUUGGGUGAACAAACUGUUGCACAAGUAUUACAGUCGGCAAAGGAACAACUGAAGUGGUCUUUGUUGAAAUAGCGGGAGGAACAUAUUAAUGUGUAAUAUAUAACUUUUAAUGCAUUUUGUUUAUAAUAUAAGUAUAAUAAAUUGAGUAUAAAUA